AUGGCGGGCAAUCACGCAAAGAAGUGGUACCACAUCCAGUGGUUUGCGGACCAAGACACUCCCCGAGAAAGGAGGCUCAUCUUCAAGCUGGACCUGCUCAUCGUGCCGUACGCGCUGCUGGCCUACUGGACCAAAUAUAUUGAUCAAGCCAACCUGAACAAUGCCUACGUCGCCGGCCUCAAGGAGGACCUCGGGUUCGAGGGCAACGAGCUGGUGCAGUUGCAGACCAUGUACAUAAUCGGGGCCGUCGUAGGACAGAUCCCCUUCAUGUACCUCUUCACCCGCCUGCCCAUGCACUGGAUCGUGCCCUUCCUGGACGUGUCGUGGGGCAUCUUUACGCUGCUGCAGUACCGAUCCAGCUCGUUUGCCGAGCUGGCCGCGUACCGCUUCCUCGUCGGUCUGUUUGAGUCGGCCUUCUUCCCCGCCAUGCACUACAUCUUCGGCGCCUGGUACCGCGGCGACGAGAUCGCACGCCGGGGCGGCGUCUUCUACGUCGGCCUCACCCUCGGCACCCUCACGGCCGGGCUGAUCCAGGCGGGGGCGUCGGCGCGGCUCGAGGGCGUGCGCGGGCUGGCGGGCUGGCGGUGGAUGUACAUCAUCUGCUCCCUCAUCACCAUCCCCAUCGGCAUCCUGGGCUACGUGGUCCUGCCCGGCACGCCCGACCGCCCCAACCGGAUCGUGCUCCGCCGCGACGACGUCGACGUCGCCCGCGCCCGCCUCGCCCGCGCCGGCCACGGGACCGAAGCGCGGCCGCUGACCUGGGGCGCGCUCUGGCGGCUGGGCAGGCGGCCGCGCUUCUGGGCCCUGCUCCUGCUCGACAUCUUCUUCUGGAACGGCAGCAUCAACACGUCGACGGGCGGGUACCUGCUGUGGCUCAAGAGCCUGGGCCGGUACUCGAACGCGCGCGUCAACGAGCUCGGGUCGGCGGCGCCGGCGCUCGGGAUCCUGUACACGCUGCUCAUCUGCUUCGGCUCGGAUCUGGUGCUGGGCCCGGCGUGGGCCAUCACGGCGGCGCACGUGUGGAACGCGAUCGGGCUCGUCAUCCUCGUCGUCUGGAACGUGCCCGAGUCCGCCCUCUGGUUCGCCUUCAUGACCACCUACUCGGCCGUCGCCAUGUCGAGCGUCCUCUACGGCUGGGUCAACGCCCAGCUGCGCGCCUCCCCCGCCGAGCGCGCCUUCACCCUCGUCCUCAUCAACACCGUCUCCCAGUCCACCACCGCCUGGACCCCGCUGCUCGUCUUCCCCACCGUCGAGGCCCCGCGCUUCACGAAGGGCUACUCCUUCGUCCUCGCCAACGCCAUCUGCCUCAUCCUCCUUGCCCACAUCAUCCGCCUCUUUUUGGAGAAGCGAGAGUAA